AUGCCUUCCAUUCAAGACUCAACUAUCCUUAUUAUUGGUGGUAGCUCUGGAAUAGGCUAUGGGGUUGCGGAGAAGUGCCUUACUGAGGGAGCCAGAGUUCACAUCGCUUCCUCGAACAAGUCCCGAGUUCACUCGAGUGUCAAGUCACUAAAGGAGAAGAUCAGCAACGCUCCAAUUUCCGGUCAUGUCUGUGACCUAUCCAGCCGUGAUGUCGAGAAGAAUCUUGAGCAGCUACUAAGCACUGUCGCCCCGAUCGACCACAUUGUUUUCACCGCUGGAGAUAGCCUUGCCAUCAUGCCAUUGGACAGCAUUGAUCUGGAUAUGAUACAGCGAGCGGGGCAUAUCCGCUGGCUCCCAGAAGCCAUCCCCAACUGGUCGUUGGUUGCCGGUUAUCUGACCGGCUUGCAUGGACUUACCCGCAACUUGGCCUUGGACCUCAAACCCCUCCGUGUAAACCUGGUGAGCCCUGGCGUGGUAGUGACUCCUUUGUGGGGGCAGGACGGAGUACCGGACGAAAUGAAAAAUCACACUACUCUGGGUAAAGUCGGCACCCCAGACGAAGUUGCGGAAGCCUACGUCUAUCUGAUGAAGGACACCAAUGCUACUGGAAGCUGUAUUAGUACCAAUGCAGGAUCACUUUUGCUGUAG